UUAAGGGUGUAAAUAGUUUUAUAUUUGGUUACAAUAGUGCAGAUAAGACUGGGUUGUGAAUGGGUACCUUACAAUCCAGGAAAGAGAGGGUCUUUCUUUGUACAAUGAAAUGACUCAGUGCUGCUAUAGGCCCAUUACUACAGUACCUUAAAUGGAUCGUAAACCAUGGAAGACAUGAUCUGUGUCCAACAACACACAGCUGAAAUGAGCAAACCUUCAGAAUUCACCCACAAAAGACUAAUACAUGAACAUAGAUAUGACUCAUCACUCGUGUGUAUAUGUAAAGAGAAAGGAGGAGACCCCCAGCUGUUGAGUGGUGGAUUUAUGGUGUUACGGGCUGCCUUUAUAACAACAUUCCUGGUGUGCGUCUCUAUGGGGAUCCAUCCUAACUACUCCUGAUUAUGCCAACCUGGGUGCUGUUUAGGCCCAGUUUUUGGGGUUGCCACGACGAUUGCGACAGCGUUUCUUAUAAGUUGACCUCUCAACGCGCCUGGGCCACCCGGACAACUCUCUGCACAGUUCAGCUGUAGGGUGCAACAAAUGCAAAUGUUGAAGCACAGUGCGUACCACAUGUUAUACUUAUUACUUGAAUGCCUCACCUUUCAGAUACUCAUCAUGUGCACAAACUGUCCUCACACAGAUCUCAUUGUUAAUCACAUAGACGCGAGGAAGGCUGUAGUGUGAAAACAGAAGAUAACAUGAGCAUCACAAACAAUGGGACAUUUACAGAGAGCAGUUGUUCAAUAAGAAAACAUCACCAGAUUUAGUCACAGACAAGUGUUUGCAGGUUUUGUAUAAUCAGGGUGUAGUCAUAGUCAUGCUGAUAGUUGGUAUAACAGCACUACCUCUUGUGUUAUACUGCUUUAACACAAUAGUUCUGCUGAGGGCAUAUAUUAGAUUAACAAAACAAAUAAGAUUUUUUAAUUUAAUCUUUCAUUGAUUCCACCAACACAACAAAUACACCCUCUGUGCUAGAACUGGACUGUAAGCAACACAAACACUUGUAGCUUUGUGUGUGUCCAAAUGAUGACCAUAAAUCUACGACUCAUAAGUUAUAGGAAACACACCCAUCAUAGUAGACAAUGCCAACACCUGAAGCCUGGAGAUACAUAUUAUUCAUCAGGUCCAAUGUUGUUUUAGUGUAUAUCGACACAAAUGUCAUUGUACACUGUGUCCAGGCACCAGCGUCAUCUGAAAUUUGAAUGCCCCACUGCCCAAACUCCCCAAAUCCCAGCACAGUGGAAACCUCAUCCACUGUUGCCAUGCCCCAAAUUGGCCAACUGGUGUUUUUCUAUUUAAAAUGCGAAAUUGUGAAAUAUAUUUUGGACCCCAAUUCUGACUCAAAAAAAUAUUUUUAAAAGAUUUAAUAAAAAGAAAACGAGCAUCUAACUCCAAUUGGUGAUUUCACUAUUCCAGACAGUCUAGCAUCCCUCUCAUGUAAUUGUCUUGAAACUUGAACAGGCUGUUCAGAGCAUCCUCUGAUCUCAUCCCAGUAUAACCCCAGCACAAGAUUACCUCACUGUUUGAAAUGUUGCCCACCUUUAGAGCUGGCAUCCAGCAUUUUAACCCAAAACUUGUUUUCAGUCAAACCACAAAGAAAGGAUUUUUACUUGUCAGAAGUAUUUUUGUAAAAGUACUCACUUCACUUCUGAUGUUGAUACAAUAGUUUUAAAUUACCUGUAGAUACAAAUACCACCAAUACAUCUCUUGAUAGGCCGGUGAACAGAGUACAUCCUGGUGCAAGGAUACAUCUCCUCUCUGCAGCCUGCAAACACAGAGAAUGAAUGACCUCCUGAAAUUUAUGGAUCACAAGAUGAAGCACAAAGAGAUAUUGUGUCAGAGGUUCAUGUGGCCUCUAAGGUUGCAGGUCAAAGGUCAUCUGCAGUCUGCUGUCACUCACUUGGUGGUAAGGUGGCUGCAGGUGUCUUACUGGCAUCUGGAAACAAGGAAAGAAAACUCAACCAGAUUAGGAAAACAUCUCACCCCUGACCCAUCUCAGUGACUCACAGACUGACAGAUGUAGUGCAUCAUAUAACUGAUCUCAAAGUGUGAGCAUUACCAGCCUGCUGGGCUUGGGCGACAGCUGUGAGUGCUGUGGAACAGAAACCACAUGAGGGGAGUGUUUCGCAGCAUAAAAACAAACACACAGCGACUCAACCGUAAUUAAACAAGAUGAUUUGUGUGUUCUGUUUGGCAGCAUUACCAUGGAAACUGCAGAGGAGCAGGACCACUGGAAGGCUGCCCAUUCCUUCAACUUGUGAGGGGUAAAAACUUUACGAGCUGGAGGAAACCGAAGAGGAAGAGAGUCGGGGUGAUUUCACAGAGUGGAACUGUUCAAUAUCCUCACUCAGGAUUUUUGUGCUGUUUAUGUUUCCUUUAAUCAUGUUUCAUAUAAAUGCUCAGGAUGUUCCGGGCCACUGUAAUGUUUUCCCUACAGCUUGGCCCCGGCUGAAAACACACAGAGUGCUGCUGUGUUUUGGAUAAGUUGUCAUCUUUAUUGGAGCGAUGUCAUUUAACCCUGGAAUAUUCUGCUUGGUGGCAAAUUCUUGCAUACUCUGCACAGCUUGUAAAGACAGGCAGAAAGCAGCCGAUGAGGAACUAUGUGAAAACACUUUUAAUUACCACAACCUUUAUGAUAUGUUUUUCCUUCCUUCUCCUAAACUUUUUUUUACUCUUUCUCCUCUCCUUCUCUCCCGCCCUGCAUCAUUCCUCUUGUGAUGUGUCAGUGUAACUUUGCAGUCCAAGACGUGAGUUCUCUCUCAAGAAUGUGUUUUUUGUGCCCUAUCCGAACACCCCUCCGCCCCUCCUCUAUUACACUCGCACAUUCUUCUCCAACUUUCUUUUCAUAGAACAUAUUACGACUGUACAAUCAUCACUAGCCCCUGUAGGUUUUGCCACAACUGGUGCAUUUUCUGCUCCAGUUGUUCCAGAGUCAGUCACACAUUUACAAUUACAAAGCUGGAACCUCCUGCUUCAGCUCUUCGCAUACCUCUGCUGCUCUGUUCAUGAGACUAACAUGUUUAAUACCGGUUAUACUUGUAGAACUUUCAGUGCAACUACCUAUCACAGAACUAUCAAUUCUUAAGUGAAGAUAUCUGUCGAGCCUCAACUUUUUACAUUUCAUAUCUUCAUCCUUUUAGUAUUUCUCCUGUCCUAUCUUUAGAUUGUAAAUAUUCCACAUCCUCACACGCACCUCUGCGCAUUUCUCCAGCAUACGCUAAAUCAGGCAAAAAAGAAGCAGAAUAAAGUCAUACUCACAACUUUUGCUGUCGUCCACAACUGCUUAAGUUUUAUGAAUCUUUUGUCUUCUCUUCUUUCUCCUCCUUCUCCCUGCUCCUCCUCCUCCUCCCCCUGUUCUUCUUACCAUCAUAGUUUUCUUUUUUCUCUGCCCUAAUCUGGUUAAAAAAAAGAGAGAAAGAAAAACUAGCAUGCAGCUGCAAUAUCAUGUCUGCUAGGUAAAGAUAUUUUCCCCUUUCACACACAUCUCUUAUGCAGACAUUCCUGCAUCUUACUCUUUUAAUGUUUCACAGUAUCUUUACCUCAUAUGCAAAACUUGCAUUUCCAUCAUUCAUAGUUGAGGAAAAUUGCCAUUGUUCAAAAAUAAAAGCAUACAGUUGACAGGGGAUUUUUAUAAAUAACACAUGCGAAUGCAGUAACAGAGAAUACAACAACUUAACUAAAAUAAUCAAAUAAACAAGUCAUGUUUCACCAGGUUUGUUCUCAUAUGAAAUAAAAGACUCAAGUCAACAAGAGCACCAAACAAAUCAGGACCAUAGUUCAACUGUGGCACUAUUUAAUACAACCAGCAGGUGGAGCAGUGUGCAUGCAAAGUGUGCCUUACAUCUACAUACAGUUAAUGCAGGGGUCAGUGAAAAAAGCAAGUGAAACAAUCAAACCUAUAUUCUCAAAUGAGUUGAUUCAUAUCAUUGAUUCUCUCUUAGACUCAUGUCAUGUAAGGUAGUCAGCAGUGACCGCCCUGACCCCGCUCUUCUGUACUGCUAAUCAGUGACAGUCAUAUUUUCCACAUCAUCAAGUCAUCUGCUGCACAUUCUGACCGUUCCCCUCACUACAGUUUGUUUGUUUGCUUUAGUGCUGGUUUAAAUCAUCAAUAAUUCAGCCAAAAUGAGGUGCUUAGGGUUGUGGUUUUUCAUAGGGGAAAAGAAGGGGUCUUUUAAAAGAUCACCUUUAGCUUAGAGGGGUUAUAGUGGUUUUAACCAGAACACUUUGUUACUGCUGUUACAGGGUGAUAUUUGUAUCUUUAGUUUUCCCUUAUUUAUUUACAUUUACUGGUGAUGGAUCUAUAACAAUAUUGAUAAGACAAGACAAACACAGAAGAGCAGCAAAUAGAUGUAAAAGACAAAAACACAGUGUGUAAUAAAUGUAAAGUGACAAAAGGGAAAUCAAUAAAAAAAGGUCAGUUGAGUAGAGAAGUUGAAGCAUAGUCAAGAUAAUAAUGACAGGGAACAAAACCUACAUCAUCAAACAUCUUUCAACAAAUACAUCUGCUUGUUUGACCUCGUUCUGGAAAGAACCAUCAGCACGUGGAGCCUAAAAAAGUUAGUGAUCCAUGAUAAGUCCGUGGUAUUCUGACCUCUCCUCUGGCAUCAAGUUAGUUGGCUCUACUCUGAAUUUAUAUAUCAACAGAACAGUAACUGAUAUGGAGCCAUAUCUACUCAAAAAAUGACUUUGCAACGAAUUAUAUCCUGUGUGAUUUAACCCUUGAGUUUAUAAAACAGGGUUGUGGUCUGUGACAUUUCUCACUGGUUUCUGAAAAGAGGCUUUAAAGCCUGAAUAUAAUACCUGAAAUGCUGGCUCUGACUAAAGCCCGAUUCACACUUACAGGCAAAUAAAAGCAGAUUUCAAAGCUUUCUUCUUGUGUGCUGAGAGCAAUGAUAUGGCCGAAAUAACACACCACACACCAACAAAUUCCUCCCAUGAACUACCAGAGGCUCUCAAAGCUGGUAAUACCACAAAGUUUCACGGCCAGACUUGACUUUACAGUUAACAAACAAGGCUUAGAGCGGGAUGGUUGUCAAGCUUAAUGUCGCUACCUUCUUAGUAAUCCAGUUCAAAUGUGGUAGUGGAUUCUGUUCAACUUCUCUCCUUCCAAGUUUGUUUGUGGUGUGUUUUACAGAACAUGCUGUAUAAAUACUUAUGUUACUGUGACAAAUCAACAAGUUGGUCCAUUUCUAACGUCCAUCUGACUUUGUGCGUCAUGUUCACCGAUGUGGCCAUGGCUGUGUUUGUUGAACUUCCUUCUUCGGCCAACUUGCUUCUCGGUUGGCUAACAUUUCAUACUGCAUAACAGUCAGUGGGGUGUGGGCUCAGCUGUCCUAAGUGUUCCCCACACAACAGGGUAUUUGAUACUAAAAACUGAACAUGUUUAAUUUUUACCAUCGCAAAUUGGUGCUGCUACAAACUUCUUCUGAGCUAAAGAAGGUGAUAGGGCCACAGCCUAAACUGAUAAAUGGUGCAUGGACAGUGUUUUUAUAUAGUGGUCUCGUUGGUCCUUUGACCCAUUCACACCACAUUGUCUCCACAUAUUCAUCAGCAUACAAAUACUGGAUGCACUGACUACAAAGGCCAUACCUCCUGAGCCUUUGUCCCAGAUGCUCUUUUUGUUCAGAGGAUCAUUUUUUAUUCAGGCCGCUGAAGCUGCUCUGGAAGGGCAACUUGACUCUUCAUUGGCCUCAAUGGACUCAACUAAUAUAAAUGUUGCUACACAUUCCCCUGAAGGCACGGACAACAAAACUCUCACUGGCUCUCACCCAGUGGUAGGCCCGGUCAGCUCAAGAGGGAGACACUCAUCAUCCCCUUGACAUAUCAGGGCUACAUGGACUUCAGGGUGAGCGUCGGUAGGCUGUCCCUAACAAGGUCAACUGGGCGAGCUCGAUGACAGCUUGACUUAUGGGGGCAGUGUAAGCAAAAGAGACGAGCGGGAGAGCCAAGAGGGACAAUCAAUCCUUUGAACACAUUAACGUGUCACUUUGUGCGCGCUGCACAGGCAUAAGGGGAAAGUAGAGCUAAAAGAAGCAAAGACUGAAAAAAGAGAUGAAAUGAGUGGAGAAAAAGAGGCAGGUGUUGGGAGAGCAGGAAAGCGAUGCAGAACGGUUAAGGCAAACAUACCAGAUAGUAAACACAUGAUAAUAUCUCGACUUGUUUAUUAGUUGGAUGCCAUUGCUUGGACAUGCCAGCUCUGCAAUACAUACUCUCUCACUGACCUCCUUCUCACCUCAACACACUCGUGCCUUAUUCUCUGUCUCUCUUACUGUCUGGAUUUCAAACAUAUUGUACAUUUUUUCUGGACUGCAGGGUUUGAUAAGAGAAUACAUGUUCACACAUUCCUACACACACUUACACAUGCUGACACACAUCAUGCUUUUCACUUUUUUUAUUUGUGAUAACAACUUGCAGAGGGACUCCCUCACCCUAACCUUAUUGUAAUUUGAACAAGCCUACUUUUUGUUUCAUAACUUAGUCUGUGAGUCCUGGCUUCAUUCCACCCUGCAGGGCCACAGCCCAUCCAAGACCACUCAUGUUUUAAUUCUUAGCAGAGUUAAUGUUGUAAUCUUGAACUUUUUACCAUUUUAAGUGGCUAACAAAUGGCACAAGAGCAGCAUCAGAUGGCUUUUUUUGUCAAAGCUCAAGGGUAAAUCAGUGUAUCUUCAGUCAAUAUGAAUUUGAGUACAAAGAGGCUGAAGGAGGCGAGCAGAGGCAAAGGUGUUGCCAGGACUUCUGAGCUCUAUGAAAAGAUAUACUGGAUUUAAGAGGACUCCAUUCGAAGGCUUUCAUCACUUUUUCUCUUGCAUUUAGGACUUAUAAAGCUUUAAAUAGAUAUAACUUUGUGUUCUACUGGGAAUCAGAAAUCCCAGAUUUUUUUAAAGGCCUUUAAUAUUUGCCCGUCAAUAAACUAUAUGAAGGUAUAAAGAAGUAGAAGGGUUAUUUCAGUUGCAGUUAAAUUAACAGACUUCUUAAAAUGUGUCUGCAGUUCACUCACAAAAGUUACCUUGUCACUUCUUGUUGUUGAGGUUGUAGUGUAAGUGCAUUAUAUUAACAGGUGUUACCAAAAUUUUGCUCUCCUCAUGUUUGUUAAUGGAAUGGACAAAAUAUGAGAAGCACAUUUUAAUCUACCACCCAUUGUGUCUUCAAUAAUAAAUAUAAAGAACAGUUAUCAAAUUUCUGAUCAUGUGAACAACUGCUGAAAAUUCAGAAGCUCACUGAGAGGAGAGUUUGAGGUUGGACUGUUGUACUGGGUUGGAUUUGAUUGCCUAGGUGUUUGUAAUGUUAUAGGUGGUUGGUGUAUUAUCACCAGUGAUGUGUUAAACCCAAAGAAACACUCUUCCUAUAGUGCCCUCACUCUAAAAAAACAGUUUUGAAGAGCUGAAGUGUAACAAUCCUUUCAGUACUGCAAAGUGGUCAGAAGGUCCCCACUAUCGUAAAAUGAAGCUAUGGUCUCCACAAUUAUAGCAAGGCAAGCGCAAAUACACACACAUACACACACACACACACACACACACACACACACACACACACACACACACACACACACACACUUUCACUCUUUCUCUUUUUUUGGUUUUUAAAACAUUUGAGUACCUUUUCUUAAAAUCCUAGCCCUAACUGUAACCCCAAACCUGACCCUAAUCCUUGAUAAUCACAACCCAAUAUAAACACUUACCGAGAGCCUUGAAAUGUUGUCUUAAAUAUUUCAAUCAGUGCUUCAGUCAUUCCCCGGACAAUCACACACACUCAGACUCACAAACACACUUGCACAAAAGCACAUAAAAAAGCGAAUUAAAUUCUCUCAUUAACACAUCAGAUUUAUUAUUUAACUGGAUUCGUUACGUGCGUCAAGCUAGAUCCUGUUUCUUCUCAGGGCUUCUCUUUCAGCGAAAGUGAUCAUUUGUGUCUCUUUUGUCAAAUCAAAGUCGCCACUCUGGCUCCUGUUUAAGCGAUUAACGAAGAUGAACUUUCAGAAGCAGCCAGGUGAUGGACAAGGUUGCGAGUGUAAGGGGAAAAUAAAGCCACGAUGACCCAUGCUUCACUGUGAGGAUUCAUUUCAGACAUUCGGCUAUAUGAACUCUUUAUCUGGUCCUCUCUGACCAUCAAUCCAGCUCUCAUAUCAGUAUCUGCUUUUGCAACUUUCAGUACCACGACAGUCAAUCCAUCUUGGUAUACUUACAUCUAUUUUCAUUCGACAGCUGGUUCUCUCUGUAGCCUUUGUCUCUGCAGCUUAUGUGAAAGGAUAAAUUUAAACAAUCUCAAGGUGAUGAAUGUAUAUGUUUGUGACACCAUGACGACUUUUAUGUUUGGUUGAAAUAUUUAAACUUGUAGGAAUUUUUACUCAACACUUGGCUGAUUGAAAUCUAACUCUUGCUACUGAUACAAAUCUGGAUUUGUAUUGCCGAAAAGAUUUGGGUUUCUGGGAAGGAGGCGCCUUUCAUCAUUUAAAGUGUUGAAAAGUCACUCGUGACUUGGAAGUAGUGACAGGGUUCAAAGCUGCAUCUCACGGCUUUGAACCUGGAUUUUAUUGAGCACCAGGCUGUCCUUGUUUCUCCUGUUUUCAUCAUUCAUCCUAUCUGUCCUCAUGGACCUCGUACAGAUUUGCACCUCUGUGUUGGCACUGCAUUGCCUCCAUGGUCCUUACCAUGUGUUUCUAUUCAUCAAGCUUUGGUCCUCCAUUAACCCCCUACCAAAAUGUUACAUGAGCUUGUGUUUGUGUUGCCUGGAAAUCAGCUGUUGCCGAAGGAGAUAUGAGGUGUUUUAAUGUACACUAACUGUGCUAUAGGAAUGAAGAAGUUAAUCCUUGGUUCAUGUGACAUGUGUCAUGAGGAGGUCCAGGUGGUGAGUGGAAAGAGAGAAGGCCCAGAAGGUUGCACAGGGUAUAUUUGAGCAGAGAGGAUGAAGGGGAAAGUGAUGCCCAAGGUGGCACAAGAGAAGAAAGGGAAAAGUAAUCAGCUAUUGGGCAAGAUGGGUCACAGUGUUCCAUUAGUUUGUGCUGUUUAAGGCCCACAGGCGCCAAGGCAGCCUGACUUUUGCAUUUAGAGGGCGGCGGAUUGCAGAUAGUCAGAGGGAGGUGAUGAUGUGCAUGGUUUGUAAAUAGAUGGGUCUGGGAUCUAUUUAUAAAUCCAUCUGGAGUGGCCCUUAGCAGGGGUUAGCACAGCCGCAACUGACAAACACACACACCGCACUGCACAUUAGCAGCUCGCUACCAACAGGGAUCCUCUCCAAGUUGAAACUGAGAUUUGAGCACAGUGCAAUGCAAAAAUGAAAGCUGAGGAUUAGAUUUUAUGUGGUGCAUUUAUAAGUCCUUGUACCAAUUAGAGUGAGCGCAAACUCAGCUCCAUGUAAUGCAAAGAAAUGUCGCUUUUAAAGAUUUAUUUAACUUCCUUUGCUGCUUUCUUUGCACCUUCUUGUACUUUUGAAGACACAUGCUAAAAUCAUUGCACGAUUCAGUCCUGGCCAAAAGUGCUCUGAGCAAUACCAAAGCAUUCUUUUAGGAGACAGGAAUAAAGGUGAUUUUUCAAGGAGCUAUUUCCUCUCUGACAGAUUUAGGACAACCCUCACCCCCACAAACAGAGGACUGAGGCUAUAGUCUGUGUGCAGAAAUCACAUGAGGUUUGUUUCAAUGUCAACGUGCCCAUGAAGGAUGUGUCCCAGUGCAGAGCCAUAUAUUCUAAUAAAGGGUUUUAAAGCCUGUUGGCUGUAUGUAGAUAACCAGUAUAUCCUGCAUCAGGUAGCGCGCCCGGAGUUUGCAUCACUCAAACUUGGAAGAAGAUCACACUGGUAUCACUAUCAGGUUGUAUUGUUCAGUCCAAUUUUAGAUGUGUGUCUUGUGUCCUGCAGCACCUGUUGCUGCCUCACAUCAAAGAUGUCAUUUCUUUCCACAGGUUUAUUUUCCUGGAGUCUGAUAUAACGGUUUCAUAAGUUCUCUAUAUCUAAAAAUAACUGACUUUAUCAAUUUCACAUGAAGUUUUUUUUUAAUAAUCAGGUUUAUGUCUCAUAUUGAACAAAAUGUCUGUUUUUCUGUUUUUAUUAAAGGGUUGGAUAAAAACAGACAGAUAAAGUAAUCAGAUGACUAUCUGUACUUCACAAAAUAUAUCUGAUUUAUUUCAUGUUUUCUGUCAUACAUUUAACAACCUGUGCGGUUCUAUCACCAAAAUCUACUAUAAUCUCAAUCAUGGCUUUUUGUAAAUAUUCAACUCCACUGACACUGAUGACUCCAAAAUAACUAAUCCUGGCGCUGAUGUUUAGUUUGUUUAUGUAGGUUAUAAAAAAGCACCACUAUACAGGUCCGUCUGCUUUAUCAGAAGAUUAAAAACUCCUCACAGGAGCUCGAAGUGGCUCAUGACUAAUUUUCUGAUCCAAAGUUGCUACUACACUUUAACUCAAUGAAGAGAAUAUUUAGUGUUUGUUUUGACAGAAAGUAUUGCCUCAUGCUAAUCCUGUCUUUUAAGGUUUAGUUCUCUUUAAGAAAGAUUUAAGUCCAUUAUAACCUCUAUUUCCUUACUUUCUAUUCACUAUACUAUACAACUCUGCUGAGGCAGAUAUACACACAGACUUCCUCAGUUGACAUACUGUAAAUGGUUUUAAGGGAAUCUGACCUGGUGGCAGUGGUGACAGGCAUUAAAAAUAAAGAUGCAGAUACAUUAAUCUUCAUGCUGAUAGUGACACUCACAUUUGUAGGUCACACAGUGGCAGCAGUUCUGAACUUGGACACAACAGGUCACAUUUAUUAGUCUUUUUGGCAGUGUUGGAAUAAAUCUGUGACAUUAAGAAAAGUCAGGGCUUGUUUUAUGCUGAAACGUUUUUCUCUGUGCUGGUUGUGCACACAACCUCAGUCUUACAACUCUUCUCACCGGCUCUUACUGUUGGGUUACAUAAAGUGAUAUACGAAAGUUGACCCACUCACCAAAGUACCUUGGUCUGGUAAUGCAAAGCUAGCAAAUAGCCAAUCAUGGCUUAGGAUUUCAGGGUGGUAACUGAGCUGGCCGGUCAGAUUUUUGGGGUGGCGAUCGCUCCCUCUUACUCCACCGCUGCUGAACUAUCCGUCUGUUUAAAAAUUGCUCUGUGUGCUUUGUAUUUGCUUCAAUUCAAGAUCAUUUUACAAAUAACAAACACAUUUGAAAAUAUUUGUGUCCUGGCAGCAGCAAAAGCUGUAGACCUGAAAAUUCUACCCUAAAAAGACAAGUCAAGUUUGGGGUUGAUGGAUUUGUCCAAAGUGCAGCACCUCUUUGGUUUUGAAUUGUCAUUUAGGGAGCGACAAAAUGAUAUUGAUGCAUAGGAGACCCAAAAGUUGAAAUAUUCGAACUUUAUGAUCAACUGACAAGAGAUCACUGUCAUCCUUGCUCUCUGCUGCUUCUUAUCAUGUCUUAAACUGGGGUCUUUUUGCAUUUAGGCACUUAGAAAACUCAUCAGUCAUAUCCUUAUCAGGACAUAUCUCCUAAAAUGAUACUGUGUCCACCAGUAAACAAGUCAAGCACUAUUGAUGGUAGAUCUAUAUUCACUAGAUUAAAAUGUUUCGUGAUUUUUCUCCGACCUGCAACAGAAACCCAGAGGUCAGAUUAAGUUUCUGUGUAAACUGAUGUUAUGGAGACAUACAGUGAGGGGAUCCUCUUCAGUAUAAAAAAUGCCAUUAUCUCUAUUGUGAUCUAACAAACAAGUGUACAACUGUAUGAAUUCAGCUUCUUGUAAUUUGACACUCAUUUUGAAACUCAUUCACUAAGAAGAUAAUAAAAUAAAAGGACUUUAUUUUUUUGGAUGACAAUUCAAGAACAGGUUUUCACUAUGAUACAACUUGUAUUUAAAACAUCAGACUUUUCUUUAUCUAAAGCUUCUUUUCACUAAAUCGUCUCAAGGCACACACACUGGAAUAUGUACAUCAAAGGAAGAAAAAGAUAACUUGACUUUUUGUAAAUUAUUUAAAAAACAGCACCUUAAAGUGUAUACAUUUGUACUGCAUACAGUCUAAAAUACAUUAUUAUAGAAAUAAAGCUUAUCUUUCUCCUCUUCCCUCCCUCACCAGCUCCUCUGCUACCCCUGUCCCUUCGCUUAUUUUUUUGGCCUCUUUCUGCGCCUCCUCUGCCUUUCUCCUUUCCUCCCUUUCUGUCUCCAUCAACCAUGGCCCUCCAAGGUAACUCAGGAUCUCUUCUGGGCUUCCCCGCAGCUUGGGUUCAGGGUUGAGCAGUUCCUUAAAAAGAGUCAAAACUAGCGAGCUCAGGCCCUCAAACUGUGAAGGAAGAGGAUUGUCCCUUCGGUUCUCUUUCAGGAUCAUGUAACUGUCUAUUUCCUCCUUUUCGGCCUCACGGUCGAACCACUUUUUGUACCUACAGAAGCCGCGAUCAUCAUGGGUGCUCUCCUCCCAAGGGAAGCAGCCAGUUAAGAGGCAGUAGACGAGCACGCCGAGGGCCCAGCUGUCAAUACAAGGCUCUACUGUCAUCCAAAUGUCCUCCAUCUCAUCUUCUGUCCCCUCCUGUAUCCUCCUCUCCAUCUCCUUCUCAGCCUCCUUUGCAGGCUCUACCUCAGGGGUGCAGAAGGGCGACUCGUACCAGACGGCACGAACUGUGGAGCCGAUGGCCCGGGUGAGGCCGAAAUCCCCCAGUUUGACCCAGCGGCAGGAUCUGUCACACAGGAAGAUGUUCUCAGGUUUGAUGUCUCGGUGGACAAAGCCCAGGGAGUGGAGAUGUGUAACUGCACCGCUCAGCUGAGACAUCACCCUCUGGACACAUUCUUCAUCCACUCCAACCUGGAACACACAGGUAGUCUGGAUUAAUGCUUCGCUUACUAGCUUGUUAGCACUGGAAACUAAUCUGGUUACAACAUAGUUGGUGUUACAUCUCAGCCAUUACGCAUUUUGGCGACGCUCUUGGAAACCCCUGCUUUACUUCAUGUACUCCCACUUACUCUUAUCACCACUCUAUUAUGUUACUGGCAGUGACAUAGGCAUACAUAGAGCGAGCUGGAACCUCUUAUCAAGCAGGUCUCGAGUUUUUGCUGAUGGGAAUGAAAGCUCAAAAGGACACGGUCAGCAGGUUCAGUUUCCAUGCAGAGAGCCACACUGCAGAAAUUAGUCUUUUGAAUGGUUCGAAGCAUUUAAAUUAGAUUAGUAAGGGAUGCCGGCGCUAAUCUGCAACUUCCUGAAAUGACUUUUAUUACUAUAUUCUGGUGCCUAGAUUUUAUAUUGCAGGUUUUUACAUCGUAGAGCUCUUUUGCAUGAGGUUUAGGAUAAGAUUCUGGUCUUCAUUAAAUGUUCCUUCUGUCAUAAUCUUUCCCUAACUUUAACCAACUGUUAUGAGCAAAUAAACAGUACCACAAAAUAAUUCGUUGUGCAUGUGUUGCUAGGUGAGGAUACUGUAGUGCAGAUAUUGCAGCAAAAGCAGAUCCAUUUGCAAGUUCUGCAACUGGAUGGAUUUAUUCAACAAAAACUGUCCUUUAAUUGUUGAAAAUAAAUAUAAACAAGGUGGCGUCUUUGGUUGAAAGUAGAGGACACACCCUGAGUGAAAGUAUGUUAAAAGCUGUGCUGGACAUACCAUGCGAGGUAUUAGCAAUGCUUUCAUGCCGUAGACAAGCUUAACUGACCUCAGACACUAUCACACUGUAGAGGUCACCGUAUAGACCAGCUUGCUGAGCAAAGACAUAGUAAGAUGGCGUGGAAAAGAAGAUCCCCAGGGCCCGGGUCAGAGAAGGAUGUGUGCAGUAAGAAAGAGAGAGAUUGUAUUCACGCAGGAAAGAUGUCAGGGACGUAGACCGACGAGGAAAGAACUUCAGAGCCAUAGGAUUUCCUGGAGGAAAGGAAGCAGAGGAACAUAUGCUGAAUGCUACAACCUCUAAUGAGAUGUUGGCAAAAAGCUGUCAUCAUUAAUGGUAUGUGAGUGCUGGCCAUCACUGACACUGUGAACAAAUAUAACUUCUCCCUUGGGCUGACUCUGUUUCACCGCUGCACCCCAGUUGUCGCAACUUUAUCUUUGAGAAUGUACCGAAGCACUCUAGUACAGCAGCAGAGGCUCAAAAGGUUAAGUGAACACUAGGAAAAGACAGAUCUUUCUUCACUUAACUACAAGCUCCACCCCGCCCAGCCACAGUCUAGUUUCCUCAUCGAGAAACCUGAGGUCUACGAAAAAUCUGCUGAUGUGUAGAUAUAGUGUUUCAAGGUAGAUGAAAAUAAAAAUGGGAGUGGAAAUUUGAAACGAUCGUAAAGACUAGUGACAGUAAGAUGUAAAAGAAGAGACAGAUUCACGAGGCUUCAACCUUUGACCUCAUGUCUUGGACUAACCUCUCUUUUUGUGUACGGCUAACAUGACCUUUCCGUAGGAUCCCUCUCCCAGGAGCUUCACCACCUGGAAGUGCUCGGAAACCUUCAGACUUGGCAUGGACUGCGCCGACAGGAAACAUCGCUCGUCAAGUUCUUGAGCCGCUGCAGCCUGUCACACACAAACAUGCACAAACCCAUAUUUACUACCAUAGCAUGAUACCUACAGAUGAUGAUUGGCCUGGUGGAGUCAACUGAAAGGAGAUCCACAGCCUCAGUGGUAUGUGUUGAUGCUCCUGAUAGAUAUCUCCACAGACAGAAGUUUGAAUCUAUGGCCAAACAUGCUGACGUGCCACCUGAACCUGCUUCUCAAAGAGCACCUUGCAACUUUAACUCUCAUGUAUCUCAUUAAUUUAACAGAUAUGUGGUCUUCUUACUAUUCUCUUGAGGGGUCAGAAGUUCUCAACCACAUGAUAACCUAUCCAGCUCAUGGAACAUAUGUGUUUUUUGCUAAUCAUCAGUCGUCCUAUAGAUGGAAUAAACUUCAGGCAUCAGGCUUAUGUCUUAUCAGGACAAUCAGAACAUUUGGCGCUGUCAUUCAAUCUUCUUCUGUUACAAUCAUAAAGACUCCUUUGAAGUGGAUCCCUGCCGCAUAACUCCACCAAUUAGUGAGGCUGUGAACUGUUACCAAACAAAAGAUAAAGAGAUAACAUAUUUUUACUUCUGACCUUCCAUAAGUUACGUAACUGGGCUUUGUAGGCAACCACAUUAAUUUUAAUUAAAUUACACCUCCCAGAAGAAAUGCGAUCUCUCUCUCUGGCGGUUAAUGUACUGUUGUCAGUCAUUUGCAUUGCGCUAAUAAGCCUGGUUAGUGCCAGGGGAAUUUUUUUAACAUAUCUCUGAUGGCGCAGGUCAAACGGUGCCACAAGACACCUGAGCUGGGUCACAACAUCAUAUUGCAAAAUGAACAAAUGUCAGUAAUAAUAAAUAACUGAUCUGAUGUGCAGCCAAAAAUAAGACAGCAGGUUUCAGCCUGUUCGACACGGGUGUUUGGCACAGAUGUGACCAAGACAGCUGUAUUUCAAAUCAAGCAAAUGAUAGGCUGCUUCAAAGUUAAUGGUGUAAUGAUGGAUGUUGCUCUAUUGGUGAAUACUUUACAGUAAUGGUGCACCAGUUUUAUCUCCAGAAUAUCAACUCUUUGGAUCCAAAGAUGACUGAAGAUUAAAGGCUUCAUUUGAAGCUAUUUAUCUGCAAGAUUUUUGAACAGGGAGGGAUUGUAAUUCUGUGAAAACCCUGCGGGGAAAAGGGUUGUAACAGGUAGCAUGGUAAAAUAGGGGUGUACAGUGUACCAUCCAUGUAUUUUGUCUACAUGUUUCCUCAGAUUAAACUUAAUGUACAAUUUGAAACUCUUGAAUCCUAAUGUCAGUGGGGUUCCCUUCACACAGUUGUUAACACAUGUUCGGGUUAUCGCAUUAGGACAUUCUCCAGCUACCCUUCAUUCCACACACGCCAUUAGGAAAUGAAUACAAUUUAUUACAAUUUCAGAAAGUCAUACCAUUGAGUUUGAUCCCUCUCAACAGUUGAAUUAUGGAUGCAGUAACUCAUCGCUUAUCUUGGACCCAUCCAUAACUUGUGUUAUAUCCUGAUAUCUUACUUGUCCCUUUAAACGGAGGCGAUUAUUUAUUCAACUCUAUUUAUAAAUGCCACUUUAAGCGACAAGUGAUCUGAGAUUCUAAUGAGGGCUCUGCAUGAGCUAACAUUAUUAACAAAUUUGAAGUGCUGCACAAGUGCUCAACAUUACAAGCUGAAAAUCCUCUCCAUUACUUAGUCUACUUAACAUUUGGAGCAUUAGAGUAAUUUUGCAAUGACAGCAGGCAAUGAAUUUAUAGUGCCUGCAUGUUAGCUCAUCACAUAAUAUAAAAAAGACACAUGGCAAUACAACAGAUUUCACACUCAACCUUGUGCAUAUACAUAAUUGCAUUAAUGCAUGUUACCAUUUCUCCCGUUUGUAUUUUGCUGCACAAUGAUGACUGUAUUAGUCCACUUGUGAGGCUCAUGAGUACAAACAAAGAGGUUUGCUUGAGGUUGUGUGUUUUUGCAAAUGCAGAGAAAUACUCACUGUCAUUUUCAGUUCAGUUGGUUGACCUCUGAUCACUGUGUCUUGGUUCUUUUCAGCAUCUAAAGACUUAAACUCCUUGCAAGUUCUGCAGCAAGCUAACGUGCUGGAGCUCAACAGUGUCCUCGGUCAGACUGAUAAUUUAGCUGAAAUUAAAGUUCUUAAUUUCGUCUUUGCCCCGAGGUUCCAUGCAAUAGCUCAGCAGCUGUUUUAUAGGGAGAGACUAAUAGAUGUUUACUGGAGACCUGGAUAUUGACUGUGUGCUUCUCCCCAGGAGACACACGCUGAACUCUCCCCCUCUCUUUUCCUAUUCUUGUGCCAACUCUCUCUCUCUCUCUCUCUCCCCCUCUAUCGCUCUCUCCCUCUGCUAUGCUGGCAAAUACGCACACACCAGCUAUGAGGCAUGUGAAACCUCUCUCUCUUUCUCUCUCCCACCCCCACCCCUCUCCCUCACCCUCCUCUCCCACUGUACAGCAGUGUUAAUAUCCCUCUGUUUUAAAACUGUCAGUCAGCCUCACCACAUUAACCCGUCUCUCACCCGGCUUCGUCUCUUCCCAGCUGUCACUCAUUUUCUUUCACAAAUACAACCCCCCCUCCCCUUUUCUUUCCAUGUCUUUCUCACCCUCUCAGCUUGUCUGUGUCAGUGAAUCCCCUUGCCGACCCCCUGAGUAUAAGAUUCCUCUUUAAUCAACAGGUAUGCAGGGAUGAUCGGAAAAGGCCAACAAGCUGUUCCCAUGAUCCCUAACUCUAACUGGGAUAACAAAGUACAGUUCAGCAUGCCUCUCAUGGUCCCUUUUAAUUUCAAGAAUCAUUGUCCUUUCUUCUGUUAUCCUCACUUUAUUUUAGUAUAUCUUAGCCAUGCAGUUUCAAUAUACCCUGUUGUUUCUUUCUCCAGUUUUAUCCUUAAUUCUCUUGUUUUAGAUAUAAUGAGGGUUAUUUCUCCCACCGUCAGCAGACAAACUUUCCUCUUAUCUUCCGCUCUUUGGUCUUUACAUCUUCUCAGUUGUAUAUUAUGUCUUCACAUCUAAGACUGACGUAUUUAACAGCUGAAGCUUCACCUUGUUAAAUUCCUUCAUUCUGUACUUUACUGUCUGCAUGCCAGCUCUGUUUCCCACUUAACACCAUCUGUAGGUCGAGUCUCUCCUCCUCCUCCACCUCGUCUCGACACCCUCCUCCUCAUUCUGUCUACUCGUAUACAUUUCCCCUGGUACUACAUACUACAGGCUUAUUAUUGCUACGAGCCUGAUGGCUUGUGGGUUAUGUAACACAAACACUGGCUGCUAUCACAACGGCUGCUCCGGUUACAAACCAUGGCAGUGAUCGGGCGGCCAGCCAUAGACCAACACUUUCUUCCAUGUUUGUGCUCACACAGCUGGGUCCCUAAGCCCCCUGCUGUAACAACUCCACCACCAAAACACAACUUUCAGCACUUUGAACGACUCGUUUGCCAAGAUAGUGUCACUUUCAUUCACAAAUACGGCUUAACUAACACUCACACACACAUACUGUACAUACUACACAUGCAGAUAUGUACUACAUAUGGGUCCUGCUUACAUGCACUCUAACAUAUAGGCAGGAUGUCUCUGCUGACUUGCUUAAAGUUACAUAAUAUUCAUCUUUGCUAUACAGUUACACCUCCAUACAGUGUGUAGAAUAUCACACAUUUGAACUUCUAUAAAUAGAAGUUGUCAAUGAAAGGAUGAGAUGUCUUCACUUUUUAAAUCUGAAAUAUGUAAUUUAUAAUAGGUAUUUGUGUUAAACAACGAUCAAGUAUUUACUGGGAAGACAAUGAAACCUUUUUUUCCCCCAACAGGGUUGUCUUUCACAACAUAUGUUAUCUAAACAUGUGCACUUAUCUUAUUCAUGGUCAAAAUAUCAAAUUACACUUGUUAAACAGAAUUGAAUCUUAUUUGACAUAUUGUUAGAAAAUGGGAGUAAUUGACUGGCAAUAAAAGCAGCUGCCAAUUCAGCAAGCACAGCUUUUCUUGAAAUCACUAUAAUAGCGUGUUUUAAGGAACUUUUAGACAAAUUGAUUGCUGCAUCGUCAGCCAUCUUAACUUCUUAGAAUUAAUUUGAUGAUUAUUUUUAACUUGUUUACUCUUGAAAUAAGAUACACAUCCAGACACGUUAGGCCAGUGUGGCUUAAACUGUAUGUAAUGAGAUAUUUUGACUACGUAUGAGAGAAAUACACACUGAAGAUAUGAAGGGUUUUUUUUUUAACAGAGUAUAGUUGCAGAGGACACAUGAUGCUUCAAUUUCCCAGGUCACAGGGUGAAAUAAAGGAAUCAAAGAAGACUGCAUGUUUUAAAAGUAAAGUUUUACACACCCUUAACUUCUUUAAAAUUAUGGUAAAACUUUAUUUUUCCAUCUUGCUUGCAAAUUAAACCUUGAGUGUCAAGAGUCACCUGUUACACCGCAAAAAGCUCAAUUCCUUUAGAGUUCAUUUCUCUGAUUUCUGGUUUAAACAUUUCUUAAAAUAAAUACUUCAUCAUGUUUUUGGGAAACUUAUCAAGAAAAUUUUACCUGCUGCAUUUUCAGUCAUUACUAUCAAUCAAACCAGGCUGUUGUGACUAACUGUGUACUAAGUGUAACGACACGUUUCGAGUUGCGAUGAGGUAAAAUGAAACCAGUGAGACUUUUAGUUUAUUUCAAACCAAUGAUAUGUCUUCUUGUCCAAUGUAUCUGUUUUGUGCUCGGCAGUCUAUUUCUCAGGCUGAAAAGAUAAGAAACAGAAUAAAGAGAUCUAUCAUUAGUAACAUACAGUAUUAUUGAGGUUAGAAAGUUAAACACUUUGAGUUCUAACUAGUGAAAGGUGAAGUAAACUGAGUAUACAGAAUCACAAAGAUAGAUUUUUUUGAUGACUUUUUACAAUUUGUAAGAUCUGAUUGUGGUUAUUUGUUUUGUUUUGAUGCUCAUGCUUCCUUAAUUCAUAUGCCCCUAAACUACUAUCCACUACACGUGUAGCAGCAAUGAGCAAGGCGAUAUGAGCACUGUGACAUAACAGGGGAACAGCACCUGUCAAAAUAGCUUUUAUGCUUGUUAUAAUCUCCUGCAUGUCUUUGUUCAUCUUCAUGAGAUUAGAGUUUCCAAAGCUGUGCAACAGUACAUUACACCUAUAUAGUUAGUUUGAGUCAUCCUGCACUGAUUCACUCACUGGGGAGAGGACGAAGAUAAACGGAUAAAGGGAUGUUGGAUAAAAGGGGAGCUUGUACCACACAUGUAUGCCAGCUGUUACUGUUGUUCUCAGCUAUGGGUCUUACCAUGUUUUAUUUAUGAUUCCACUGUGGGAGGCUGUUCUGGUCUCGCUUUAUUGUGGACGAAGUUCAACAUUGCCUCUCUGUGGACCCUGUGUGCUAUUGCAUGACUGAGAAGAGACAAAAAUCACAGUGAAAGCGUCAUGUUGAAAGUCUCUGUGAUGAACUUUGAUGUGAUCUUAAUGGUUCAUGUGGGAGAAAAGUCCAUUUUUAUCCCUUUUCUCCACUGACCAACUGGCAAACAUGAAGAAGAAAAGAGCCCUGUGUGUAUGAAGUUUUCAAAACUGUUUGGCUGAUCGCUUUGAACAUGUCAGAGUUAUAUAUCUGAAUCAUAGAAUUACAGUUUUUUUCCAAACAUAAAUGAAGGUGAUUAUGUCUCAUUUUUACUUUGGGCACCAUAUUACCUGAACAAGUUACGGUAUAAAAAAGCUCCUAUGAGAAACACUGUGUUUGUGUCAAUUCUUGUGUCCCUUGUGAUUAAAGCUCUUACAUCUUUGCUGAUUUAGUCUUAGAUAUGCAAGUUGUGUUUACACUUUAAAAAAAAAAAAAACUUGCUUUCUUUUUACAGUCAAAAAUAUCAUUUACUGUGGACAUUUGCUGGAGAGAGAGCACAAGGUUGUUUGUUUAGUAUACUGUAAAUCAUCUUAGCUGCCACCUACCCCUCACAGGGGUUACAGACAUUAAAAUUUACAAUAUAGAAAUGAAUGACUUUGUUGUUGUCAAUCUUAUUCACUGUUGUAUGUUAUACAGAGGCACUACUGUUUAUUUCAGUCUGAUACAUAAUCAGUCAAAAAUUCCUGUGGCUUUGAUCAUAAUAAAUUCAAAUGCAAAUAUCAUGUCGACUAAACCAUGCAUACUAGAAAACUUUAAAUCCAUUAUUUAUCCAUUAUUUAUGGUGAAUUUAAAAUCCACGGUGUAGAAAUCACCUACAUGCAUUUAUCUAUGAUUUCCUUAAUGUAGUGAUCCGAAAUAUAAAAUAUGGCUCAUCUUACCCCACUCUCCCCUAUAUAAGAUUUGAAGGAAUGACUUUUGCAAUACUACAGCUGGAAAAGGGGAUGUGUGUACUUCCCCUUACAACAACAGUGGGCUGUGCAGUGUUGGCAAAAUUGAGGAAUUAAGCCAAACAGCGACUCAAAAGUCAUGUCCUAAUCUCUGUCUGGACGGCUUUAAAAACGUUGUUUUAUACAGCUAUAGUCAUGAACUUAAAUGUUGUUAGUUAAAUAGUCGCUCACUUAUUCAUGAGCCUGUUACUACCAUCCCAGGAAAACAAAGCUACAGGGGGGUGCGGUCUUUCCUGGAGUCGAGAACGGAAGCGGAAAUUCGGCCAUCUCCUCGUACAUUCAGGCUACAACAGGGUCAGUACACACUUCAUUUGUAUCUAUAUCGCUCUUUGUGCUCAUUAUCUUCUGACAUUUUGGCUCUUGAAAUAAACCUAUAAUGUCAACACUGUCCUGACCUCGGGCGUGUCUUCGCUUGAGCUUGUACUCUCUCUCAGUCAUGUUAUCAGGUGCGAACUAACUGGCAGAAGCUAACGAGCUAACAGCUAUCUUUAAAGCUAGCUGGCUAAUCUUUCCUAGCAGCAGCAGCAACAGAGCAGCAAGUUAAUUUUCCUUUUUCUUUUAAACCAGCGGGUCAUUUUAAAUAACGCUCAUAGUCUGUUGUGAGUUAAUGUUACGACAAGAAAAUCACCUUUUGGUUGACGUUAAGUAAGUUUGAACACCAGUUCGCUGCUAGCUACACCCUCCUGUACUCCUGAAUACACUUUAGCCAGACUUCACCUAAACCCUGCUGUCAAAGUGCUGACAAACUGUUUUCAUCAGCUUUUAAUGAGUAUGGGACAGUCUGCUCCUACAGCCAGAUAUCACAGCUAACAUUAGUCGGCGGAUAAGCUUCAGUAGGUGUUGCUCUUAAAGUUAUAGAGACUUUCUGACACCCUCUCUCAGUGCUCUUGUUGCAGCUGUUGUACAAUUUGAGGCUCUCUUUAAUGUGACUCGGACAGAGUAAGUUGACGAUGAGCUGUAAUAUCUUAGAUAAAAUGUUUUGUCUCUGGAUUUGUGUUAGCUUACUUGGUAGGUGCUGCGGCUGACUGGGUAGUUUGUGAACCUUAUCUGUGCGUGGGUUCACAGGGUGUGGGGUUAACUUCUCCUCGGGGCUGUCAACCUCGUCUGUGUUCAGACUUAGCUGAACUUUGAUGGCAGCUCUUCUCCUCACUGUGGCGUGCUAAUCUUUCAUUUUUAAACUUAAAACAGGUCAUUAACAUCGAGCUGCAUGCUAAUCUACGUGAGAUAACGGUCUGUCAUUGUACUUGACACGGUUAUUGUGUGGUUUUUUUUUUUUGAACAGCAUUUACUUUGUGGAGGUUGGACCCUGAAGAAGCAUGUUAGGUCUCUUAUCAAACACAAGUCUGUGAUUAGUCGUCUGAACUUUGGUACAGAGAUUCAGGAGUGUCUGAAGCGAGUUUUGCAAUGAUUGCUCAAUGCUAUGUUGUACAACAUGGUGUCAUAUUUGCUUGACCUACUAAUUGAAAAAAGUAUGCCAUGGUAUAUGAAUUGAUUUUCCAUAUGGUGCUUCAGAAGUAUACUUAACAGUUGUGUCUGCUGCAUAAAUAUAUUUUCUAAAAUAUAUACUAAGUUUGCCAGAAUGAACACACCUGAACCAUUUGUUAUGACCAAUAAGCCUCUUGAAUUUAUGCAUAGGAUCAGUUUUACACACGAUUUAUGAGUGCUCUAAAUGCUGAUAACAACCCUUUGGCAUGGAGGAAGUUAUUGUUUGUUUAAAGGUGGUAAGAAAUGAGUCUCGAAAAUCAUCUUUGAACUCACAGAUUUUUUGCGUAAAAGAAAUAUGUUCAUGUUUAUGAUUAAACUUUGCAAGAAGCAUGGGGAAAUGGAGAAGGCAGCCCACCAGUGCCCUUUGUAUCUGACCCGAGAGAAAGUUCAUGCUCUGGGUGGGAUUCAUUUAUCAUUUUCCUCAGAGGGAGAUUGUGCUUUUUUACUUUCAUUUUUUUGCAGAUGGCAGUUUAGGGAGUGUCCAAGCAUUCAGCGUUCAAAAAAGAUCUCAGACAUGAUCUCAAACAUGUCUUUUAGUGUUGAAGUGAAGAACAUGUGUCACUUGUCCCACAAGCAAUAAUCCACCUAAAGUGCAGUGUUAUCAAGGAAUACUUGAGUUAAUAGAUAGGAAAACUUUGUUUUUGGUUUCUAAAGUAAAACCCAAAUGUUAGAACUAUAAGCCAUCCAUAAAUCAACCUUUGUAAUAUCUCUGAAAAAACUGUUGUACCAAGCAGCACUACAUGUUGUCGGAAAAUGUUAGAUGAAUUAUUCCAAAAUGUCGAAUUUAGAUAAAAUAGCAAUAGGACUCUGAAGUAACAGCACUACCUCUGCCAAAACAAUGCAUUCAUCUGAUUUUACAGUUGAUGUAGGUGAUUUCUAUUGAGACCUUUGUACAUAACAACACAUUUCAUCGUAUCCUUAUAGAUCAAAUGUUGAUUGGAUUUAUUCAUAUCAAGAUUUUACAGUAAAAAGUAGCACAAUGCAUGUAUUUUAAUGCAUAAAUUAAAAUACAUAAGCUAUUUCGGCUGUGCUGUACAGACUUGUAGUAGUUGUCUAAGUAUUUCAAUGUCAAAGUAAUAAUUUUGUUUUAGUUAUGAUCAUUUUUAAGCUUAAAAUUGUGAUAUUCACAUACUUCUCGGGUCUUUCAUGAUUUUUUUUGUCGCAGAUGGCGGUUUAGAGAGUGUCCAAGCAUUCAGCGUUCAAAAAAGAUCUCAAACAUAUCUUUUAGUGUUGUAGUGAAGAACAUGUGUCACUUGUCCCACAAGCAAUAAUCCACUUAAAGUUCAGUGUUAUCAAGGAACUCUAGAGUUAAUAGAUAGUGACCUUUUUUAACCACAGGAGUAUCUUAAAACCAUUGGAGAACAUCAAAAUUAAGUCUGAAAAUGAAGUGAUAGUUUUUACCUCACUCGCUCUGUGUCAUUUACCCACAGGGAGUGUGUAAUCGGUGAGAAAAUACAAAUUGUGACAGUGAAAGGAUCAGAUGGUCAGCAACAUUUCAUGCUGCUGUGCAAGCAAUCAAAUACAAACAAUGCUUGGUAGGUACCGAGGGAUUCGAUAUUGUGCCACAAAAUCAUUCUCUGGAUGCCAGUAUGCGCUCAACAGCAUCGACAGCAUUAACACCUGGGAUCUGUUUGUUAUGUUUGUCAAAAUCUGUUACCAGUUUGGCAAAACGUAUUGCACUGAUGAGUUUUUAUUUCCUCACAAAAUUGACCACUUUUAUCCUCACUGUACAAUCAACUCCUCACUGAUAGUUGACUGAGCAACUUUGAAAUUUGCUGGUUAUUUCAUGCUUAUACAGAUCUCUUGGCCUCGUAUGCUGUAGAUUAGAGUAUUGUCUGUUGUUGUUGUUAUUUUAAUUAUUCAUUUAAUCAAAUUUUGAAACUCCCGGAUGCAUCAUUUUGUAGGGACACAUCUACCUCCUGUAUUUCUUAUAAACUAACAUGAUUGAUCGUUUUUUUAUAGUUGGAGUAGCUGUUUGUUUAAUGAAAUGACUAAGAAAUGGAGAAAAGAUACUCUUUGGAUGAUGCACUCAGAACUUGACUGCCUGAUUAACUUCUGUGUUCAUUAAUGAAUUCAUCUUACAGUCUUAGGGAGAUAAAAAAACAAAAAUGUGUUUAAGAAAUAAAAAGUCUAAAUAUAAAGUUUAAGAAUCUGCAUCAAGAGACUUUUAUCCUCUUGACUCAUAAAAAUCAGAUGGUGAUGAAAGUCCAUAAUUAAUUCAGUAGCUUCAGCUUUAAUAGUUAAUAGUGUUGUUGGUGUUAUAAAGAGAAAUAUUGGGUUAACCACAAGGAAGGGAUGUUAUGUUGGAGACAGGCUGUAAGGUUCGAUUUAUGAGAAAGUGUUGCAGAUUUGAAAGCGUUACUGUACUUAACCGUGUGCUUUUCGUCCAAUGUUUGGCUUCCUCACACUCAUCAAACUUGUCAAACGUACUCCUUAAAAUGAAAACUUUCAUCGGAGAGUGUUUUCUGAAGUAUUAUAAUUUAGGCUGAGAAUAUUUUUGAAGUAAAUCUACAAAAGGCACAAUUUUUCCAUCGUCAUGCUCGUAUUGGCUCAGGAUUGACUGUCUGACGUACCUCCCGGCUCUAACAUGAUAAAAAAGAUUUAUCUCCUGGUCUUAAGGAGUGAAAAGCUCAUAUUCUCGUAAUUCAAAGAGCCUCGACUUUGGGAGAUGGGAUAAAUAAAUCAUAUACUGUAUCUCUGUUUGGUAGCCAUGUGGGGAUCAGCAGCAAACCAUGUGAUUUCUGUUGCUGAAUAUGUGCUUUGUCUUUAUUUUACAGUUGCUGUUGAAAAUUAUCACCAGCACUGAGCUUUCACUUCUUCUGUUUGAUAUGAUUCAGCGUAAUCUUCUCAGUGGGCCUGACUCCUUUCUUAAAUAUUAAUCUCCAUCUCUCUCUUUAGUUUUCGUCUCCUUGCGCCUGUGGUUUUGGACCCAAUGUUGCCACGGGAAGGAAGAGACAAACUGAGACAUAGCACUCUGUGAAUGAGUGGCUCACACGCCCGAAACAAGCAAAGCUACACCAAAAGGAGAGACCUUUAUUCUGCAUCAUUCUUGUGUAACAGGUGUGCUCAAGUUGUCACAUGAUUUAAGAUUGAUUCCUGGUGAAGACGCCAUGUUUCACAUUGAUUGUUCUGCUCAAGGUCUCCCCCCGGCUUUCAUUCAGACUCAUGUACAUCAUCUCUUGUCUUUUUAACUCCGUAUCAUGUGUAAUGAUAACAGUAUUAAGCCAUUUUCAUUUGUCUAUGUCUGAAAUAACAAUGUGCUUUGCCCCGCCACGGUUUUGUUUGUACUAACUAUAAUUUACAACCGGUCUUCUCCAUCUGCUGUUCAGAUUGCAACAGAACUCGACGGCCAGACCGUUGCCAUGUCGACCUCAUCGCUACGGCGACAAGUAAAGAACAUCGUCCACAACUAUUCAGAGGCUGAAAUCAAGGUUGUGUGUCCCUCUGCUCAUUCGGCUUUUCUCCCUCUCUACACCCACACUCUCCAUAUGUCCGUGGCUUAAGUGUAGCUCAUGAAUCUCCACAGGGCAGAUAUGACACGAUGACGCAAUGUAAAUGCUAAUAAUCUAAUAUUCCUGCAAAGCACCUCCUUACCCUUUCCCCUCAUUACAUAUAAUGAUUUAAUCAUAUUAUUCAUUUCUUAUAUUGCCCCUCUCUGGCCCAUGUCACGAUUGAGUUAGCGUCGCUUAUCUGAGCAAAGUGCGUACAGUUUUAUCAUGAAGUAUCUGCUCUUGAAUUAUUCCUGUCACUGGCUGUCUGAAUGAAGGAUAACAGAAGUUUGAUUCCUGCUGUGUUGUUUAGGUAAGAGAGGCAACAUCCAAUGACCCGUGGGGCCCCAGCAGCUCUCUGAUGUCAGAGAUCGCUGAUCUGACCUACAAUGUAGUGGCCUUCUCAGAAAUCAUGAGUAUGGUGUGGAAACGCCUCAAUGAUCACGGCAAGAACUGGAGACAUGUGUACAAGGUUUGUGUGUGUGCGUGUGUGUGUUGUCAAUGGGGAUAACUGUUCAACAAAUAUUAGAGUAACGUGUUUGCACAACUGAGUUAGGAUAUCCUCUAAACAGGAUCUGUCUGAAAUUGUUCUGUAUUUACAGUUUGUUGCUCUAGAAGUGCUCUGCAGUCAAAACUAUGAUUGUUGAAGUUAUAUUUUGUUGAAGUCAUUCUUUAGCAAAUAAACUUGUUGAAAUCUCAGUCAGUGAAGAUGUAGAAAUAUCUGAAUCUAAAGUGUUCACUCUCAAGGAAACUGAUGAGUGUUCACUUAAAAAGACUCAAUGUUUGAGACAGAGACAUUGUUUUAGACAACGCCUCAAUGUUCCUGCUUUUAAAUGUAGAAAUUAAAGUUUUUAAUGCUGUUUUUUUCUUCUUCCUCUCAUUGCUGACAUACACCGCCAUUUUUCUUCUUGAGCUCUGAACCCUCUUGCCCCGUAGGUUAACCGCUCUCUGUAAUAUAUGAACAAUUCCAGGACUUUGUCAAAACACAUGUGAAUGAUCUACAUCUUUCGACCCACAAUUUUUCCAACACAGCUGCAUGAUGGUCAAAAAUUUACCUCUAACAUAGACUCUGUUUUUAAAACCGCUUGUCAAGGGUUACCCGAGGUAAAAUAUCAUUUUUUUUUUUGUUUAUAUUUUAGUACCAACUUAAACCACAGGGUUGGUUAUAAAUCGAGUUACAGUAUCUGAUUGUUUGAGCAAAUUUUUCCAUUUUGAUUUUUAGUCCUCAGCACACCAGUAAACUUAAAGUCUAUUUGGGCUGCGUAAAAAUACUUUGCCGUGUAAAUAGAGAAGGUUCCCCCAAAUGGUGAUGAUUGAAAUAAGUAAAGGAACUGUGGAAGCAGGUUCAUUCGAGAACCAACAGAAGGGCUGCCCACCCCCGACACAUUCUCACUGUCCUAGUCUGCUUUCAUACACAGUACAAGAAGUUAAAUACAUAGUUGAUUGUGUUUGUGUGUUUGUUUUUUUUCCACCAGGCUAUGACUCUUAUGGAGUACCUCAUCAAGACAGGUUCAGAACGUGUUGCCCAACAGUGCCGAGAGAACAUAUACGCAGUCCAGACCCUUAAGGACUUUCAGUACAUAGACAGAGAUGGCAAAGACCAGGUACACAGACACACCUAUGUCCACUAAGCUGUUUAUAAUGUUGAAGUGAUUGUUGAGAAAGGACCGUCUUUGAGGACCUGUCUUGCUCUUUUGUGGCACAUACCGCGCAAUGUUUAUCCAGGGACACUUUGACCUCUCCAGGUCAACUUUGAAGCUUUUAUAGUUUGAUGAGAACUAAAAGUGCUGUAACUAUAAAGCGCUGCGUCACUAUAAGUGCUAAGUAACAAACUUUAUUAGUGAUUGAAUUUUUUUUUUUGUUUGUGUAAUUCUUAAUAUUUAGUGAAGUGCUCAUUGUCAGCAUUGUAAUUACACUCUUUGUAUUUGUUAGGGGGUGAAUGUGCGAGAGAAAGCCAAACAGCUGGUGACGCUGCUGAAAGAUGAAGAGAGACUAAGAGAAGAGAGAAUCCAUGCCCUCAAAACCAAAGAGAAGAUGGCACAGACCUCCAGUGGUGAGAUAGCUCAUUUAAACAAAGUCAAAGUUGAAGAAAAGGCCUCCUCACGACAGCAUAUGGGACCUUUUAUCACUCACUUGUUGAUAACCCCAGUCAUCCUCUUAUGCACGUAUAUUUAUUUGUAUUUUCUUUCCUUCAGCCUCCUCAGCUCCAUCAGCACCCAGCCUCGGGGGCAGCCUCUCAGUGGGCUCCCACUCAGGAGGGGCAGACCCUGAGCAGGCGUGGCCACAGAGCUCUGGAGAGGAAGACCUGCAACUUCAGCUGGCUUUGGCCAUGAGUAAAGAAGAAGCCGAGCAGGUAACACAAAACAGCAACAACCCCAGAAUAGAGAGAGAAACAGGUGACCGACAUGCUGACCUUAUUGGAUUAACAUUUUUACCUUUUAUGUGUCUGUUCAAAACACAAUCGACUACUACAUUUUGAGAAAACCUGAAAAAAGUGACAACACUGUGAUGUCAAGUGACGAUUCCCGAAAGGUUCCUAGUGUGGGUGACGUAUGUUGUGCCGUUUUAAUUUUGAUGUGUAACCUGAAUCGUACCCGUAUUGCCCCACAAUGCCAGUUUAAGAGAGGCGGAAAAGGGAUGGCAGCAUUUAUGAAGUGAAAGUACAAAGACAGAACAUGAAAAACAGACUCCCCAGCUUCAUAUCUGCUCCUCUCUCCUCAGAAACAUCUGUAUUCUGUAUUGAAAUAGACAUGAAGUUGGUUAUGUUUAAACUAUGUCUCCACAUGCUUUAGAUAACAAGAGCAGGAGAUGUGACUCGCAAGUGGUUUAUCAGCAUCAUAGUAAGAAGAGGUUUCAGACAUAAAUCUGUGUGUGAUCACUGCAGACACAUUUGGAAACACACAAUUUGGCCAGGUGUGAACAGCUUUGCUUAGAGCCAUUCACUAUUGACAGGAUCAAUCUAUUCAAGAGUCGGCAUUGAAUGGCAGUACAGGUACCAUCAUUUCAGCUCCACUCCUCAUCUCUCAGAUUUUCAUUUUGAUCCACAUUGAAGAAAACUUCUCCAUUAUUUUGUCCUCUUCACUUACACAAGGGAAUUUGUUUUUCAAAAUUUCUCAAAACGUAGAAGUCUAUCGUGUUUUGUAUUGCAUACUUAUAAUAGAUAACAGUUUUAAUCCAAUGAGGUCAACAUGCCGAAUUUUUUCCUUUCAAAUCACAACUAUUACUCAAGUUUGAAGGUUUGUUUGUCGUGUUGUUUACUGCACACACCUAGCUUUUCUUUCACCAUUUGACACUUGACCUUCUCCAGACUAGCGCGGACCCUCUGGAGGAUGCAGAGCUCCGCUUUGCACUCACUCUGAGCAAAGAGUCGCAACAAAAGGUCAGGGCCAGGGAGUGUGCUCGGCAGACUGGCCAGCCAGUCACCAACUAUCUGUGUCUUUCUCUCAAUUGGAUUUUUUUCUGACGCACACCAAGCAUCAAUCAAUCAAGUAUAUUAAUCUUAACUUGAAAUAAUCUUGGAUCAUUUUCUUGAAGAAAAAUUUGCAUCAGAAUGCUGUUGAGAUAUUGUAGUAUGCUGUGGUGAAGCACUUCAGAGUGCUUACACCCAUGAAAGAUGAUGAAGUAGGUGCUUUUAAGAUCCUCACCAAUUUGUGUCAAAAUUCAAUAAAAGGUCGCACCCAAAGAACGGACUAAUUCUUAUGAAACUUUUGAAUUUGCAUGGCAUUGCAUUUUUAUUUAUAGAUCAUAAUAUACUGAAUUAUGCUGAAGGUGUUCAGGUGAUGAUUCUCUUUCCUCCUUGCAUGUUUCUUUCUCUGGUAGCAUGCUUUUAGCUGGACUCUGGACCUGAUACACUCUUUAAUUCCCCUCUUGUUCAUCUUCUGCUGUCGGUCUUUUCUUUAAAUGUACUGUGAGUGAAACACAUGUUUGUUUGUUGGAUACGACUUGUGAGAUUCCUGGACUUGGUCUGUGGUGCAAUGGUCUGAUUAUUCUGUAUUCUUUUAUCAAAUGCAAACGUAAAAAAACCACCUUUUUACAAAUGGGCUUGCUUGGUUUCAUCUGUUUUAUCUCAUGGACAAGUCUGUGUCCUGCUGUUCAGUCGCCAUUGCUUUUUGAUAAUCUAAAUCCAAAAUCCAGUUUUUAUUUUGAGCACAUUUAAAACAUCAAAAGUUGAAUAAAGUGUUUACAGUAUUAGAAGAUGAGCUGCUGUGCUCUGAUCCUGAGGUGAGACAAAGAGGCUAGACCAGGAGGCAGUUAGCAGACUUCUUUUGAAAGAUCUGCAGGAAAGGUUUUAAGGCAGAUUUUCCCAAAGGCUAGAUGAUAAAGAAACUCCACUAUGCCAAGCCAAAGACUUUCACUUUCUUCUUCAGUUUUGUGAACCAGAAGCAGCUCUUUCAGAUUAAAUUCAAUCAGCAGUUCCCAUGAAGUAAUCACAGGGACAGCGUGUAACAACAAGAAAAGUAACCACAGCUGCUUCUGCAGCUGUCUCUGCCUCUUCAAAGCGGCUGUGGUGGUAUCUGCACUUAAACCUCAGUGUUUUGAUUAAAGUAGGAUUCACAUCCCAUCCAUGUCUAAACCUCUUUGCCGCAACAGCUCUCAGUUUGUCUGUGUUUUAUUAGCAAAAAUCAGCAGAAAUAAGACAGACUUCCAGAUAUGUAAAUAAUGGACCUCCUAAUUUGUACCUGUGGUGUUUUUUCUGAGGACGUGUGUGUCAGGUUGCUGACUUUACAAUGUGUGUGAUUGACAGGAGGAGCGACUGCGCAGAGGGGAUGACCUGAGACUGCAGAUGGCCAUUGAGGAGAGCAAGAGAGAGAAGGCAAAACCUGAGGAGGUACGUCCUCUGUGUGUCAUGAAAUACAUUUAGGAAUAUCACACAAAACCCAGAUUUAACAUAAAAUCAAAAACAACUUACAACUAAAAAAAAAAAGAUCCGAGGAUCGUAGUCUUAAGUGAAUACAUCAGAUGUUCUCUAUAAAAUAACAGACAUUUCCAUUGUGAAAGAAAUGCAGAUGAUUUUACAUCCAGACAGAUUUUCGGAUGAUUACUGCAUCGCUUUUCUUGAAUGUAUAAAACCAGAGAGAUUGAAUGAGCCAACAACUAGCUGGGUGUUAUCUGUCACCCUGUGUUUUAACACUUUUUUAGAUCAAUAUUUGAUGUUCUGGCUAAUGAUUCAAAUACCAAUUUAAUCCAGAUAACAGAGUGUACCUUUUCAAGAUUAUAGUGGGUCAUAUUUAAAGAUAACUCUGUUCCAACAGUAACCCCAAAUAUGAGUGUCUGUGACUCUGAACUGCUGCCUUUGUCACGGCUGAACUCAGAGUUGUGAUCUAUAAAGAUCAAAUAAUCAGAAACCUAUAACUGAUCAGUAUUUAGAGUCAGCUGUGAGAAAAUGUUUCUCUGUCUGGUCUUCAGAUCUUUGUCUUCCUCUGUCCAUUUAUUGAAGAACUGUGAAGAACCUGACCUGAGCAUCUGUGGCUUAAUACACUCUUGAUACAUUCACUCUCCUGAGUGUAGCCGUGGAAACAUAAACCCAUUACAUAUUCUCUUGCAGAGUGCUUUGAUGGAACUGAGUGCUGUGGACCCCUGGGGCGCACCUGCUGCCGCCACCACCACUGUGGGCUCUGCGGGCCCCUCGCCUCCACCCACAGUCCCUCCCCCCUCAGGUCCAUGGGGCACCACCGCCGCCCCAGACCCAUGGGGGGUAGCCUCGCCCACAUCUCCAACAAGCUCUGAUCCCUGGGGUGGCGGAGCCCCGCCAACUAUAGCUCCUCCUCCAGACCCUUGGGGGGAGACGUCCAACAGAGUUAACAACGUGGACCCCUGGGCAAGUUCAGGUAAGCAGAAACACGGCCAAUCACAGGUGAACUCAGGUGGGUGGAGAUGCUCGUACUCAUGGCUGAGUAUCGAAGGAGAAGUGAGUCCAGCUCUGUGGAUGAAAGAGGACGUAGACAUCGGUCAUACCUGAUUCCUCUUCACUACUCUGUUGCAUUUCUUCUCGUCAGAACAGCCCUGUUUCAAUUUCCUGUCAUGUCACCAUGUCUGCUCAUCAACUCACUUGCUUUCAGUUUGUAACAAGGAAAGCUAGCAUGCUAAAUCCAUUGUCCCUCUGUGUCUAAAUCAGGGAUUUUUUAUCCUCUUGUUUCUACUCAGGACUGACUGUGGCUGUGUCUCAACCAACGCUGUCUUCUCCUCUGCCCUUUUGUGCCUUUAUUAUGUGUGAGGUAGUUUCUAUUAUCUCUCCUUUACCUCCACUGAGCGUCAGAUAAGACAUAAAAAGUAAUAUGGUGAUCCUCACCUGUCACUUUUGGAGUGAGUGAGUCUGCAGAGGUCAAGGAGAGACACACCAGUGUUGGAACCCAGCCAAGUUUCCUGCUCCCUCCUUGUUGUGGAUUGUACCUGUAAUGUGUUGUGUUAACCCUCCCCUCCCCUGCGUCUCCUCCCCUCCCCUGUAGCCGUGACCCCCCCCAGUGCCGACCCCUGGGGCCCCCCGGUGCCACCCAGCACUUCCUCCUCGGGGGGGCCUGUAGACCCUUGGGCAGGGGACGGGACUGUCCCUGCCUCUGACCCUAUCACCUCCGACAUCUGGAGUGGCACCGCCCAACACACUAACGGCACAGGUACAUUCGCACCUGAGGCUACAUGGUCUCACAGUCACUGAGGUAGUGGUGCACACUUUUAGGAGGUGUCAUACUGAGUAAUGCACACAGAAGUUUAGCUUCGUGGACACAGCAGUUGUCUGGUCUUACAUUUCAUCCCCCCUCGAUUUGUGUGGUAAUGUAUUCCUUUUUUUGUUUUGUUUGUUGUUUUUAUUUUGAAUGACUCAUUUCAUAUUUCUGUUCCUGCCCCCUCAGGAGACCCAGAGCGACGAGGGUCCCCGGCACUGGGCUGUGACAGUACAGGCUCACCGGUGCCCUUUGACCUGUCAUCUCUUGGUUCAUCACUUCCGGUUCGUAAAACUCCAGAGUCUUUCCUCGGCCCCAAUGCAGCGCUGGUAGACCUGGAUUCUCUCGUGUCAUCCAAACCUAAACCCAAACAGCCGCCACCGCCCUCUAUCUCUUCCUCCUCCGCACAUAACCCCUUCUUACAAAACACAGGUGAGUUAUGGACAUCAUAUCAACUCUGUACCUGCACUUUCUCAGAGACAUUCUCAACUUCAUGUUGACCAGAACACCCAGCUCACAAAAAAGUCCACUUAAUCAAAAAUUAUGUAAGUUAAAUAAAAAUGAAUGUUAAUGAGAUCUGAAACCAUUCUCUCAGGUUACACAGAAUGGGGGAAAAAAGGACAUUUAAACCAUGUGACUCUGCAUCGACUUUUGCAAAAAAAAGUGUUAUCAAACUUUUUCCAUAUGUUUUAUGAUUUUUUUGAGAUCACACAAUAAUAUUCAGGUCGAACUUUGACUUUUUGUCGUUAGAGAAAAAAACUGUGCUCUGUGGUCGGAAAAUCUGCUGAGCUGACACAAUUUCCCUACCAAUGGAGAAACCUCGAACAUUGUUGACUUGUAGGGGUGCAGGUCUGUCGAUACAAAACAGCCAUUGGAUCAAAUCUCUUGGCCGCAGUAUUAACAAUCGAAAAAGUUGGUUUUAUUCAUUAGUUAGAUAGAUGGUGACUGGCUUCAUUAGUAGUCAUUAGCAAACUUUAACAUUCCUCCCAACCUACUUAAAGUAACUUUGAGAUACUCCAGCGACUGAAAAUUGACUCCCUUUUCAUAAACCGCACCACUCUCCCAGCCAGUACCUCAUGUCCUGGGCCUGAUCACUAGGGUCCCGGCCACCUGUGGUUGUUAGAGAAGUAAACAACACAUCCUCAUACUCUGAACCUGACAUCAAGUAGCUUAUAGCACCACUAGCUGCACGGUGAACAGAGAUCCAAAGCUGCCCAAAGCAUCACUUGGCAACUGUCAAAUUUAGCAAGGCUCUCAAUCCAUCAAAGUAUUUCUUUGUGAUGGAUAUUUCAUGAAUCAAUUUUUUCCACCAACCCUACCUCGUACCGUCAUAUUCCACCUUCAGCUCAUGAGAGAAAUGAGGUCGACUGAAGUCUGUUUACAGUGUUAAAGCAGACAAAACCAACUGAAGGCUCUGUGAUGACCUUGAAGUGAACGAUACUGUGUCCUGGAGUUACACUUGACUGAAGACUUUCUGGGACGAUGAAUAUCUAGUAGUGACCGACAUUACGGACAGGUCAUUCUGGAAAACUCUGCAGGGUUGCAGUGCAACAGUUAUAAGGCUUAUGAAUCAGUGUGUUCUCGCAUCAACUCAACCAAACAAGCGCCUUUGUGGUGAUUUUAUUCCCAUGUCAGUCAGUUCCAGCUCUCAGUCAUGUGUAAUUUCUGUGUAGAAUUUCUGGUAAACCUGAAACUAAUGAAAGUAUGUGAGGAGCGGUAUCUUUUAUUUCUUUGCUGAUCUUGUCCUUGUACAUGUGUGUCUCUUUUUUCAUCUGCUAUUUUUAACAGUAUAAUAAUGUGUUACUCACUGUGAAUAUCUGCAGUAGAAAAUGUAAACUAAGACUGUUUCUAUCGUGUGCUUGUCUGACACCUUCACCCUCACAUUGGUGCAGCUGUCAAGUAUAACCAUGUGGUGUUCAUUUGAGUAUGAUGGUCUCAUUUGCCCUUGUAGGUGACUAUGAGGCAUCACUGUUAGUGUCAGUUCAUUUCAUAUACCGUUAAAUCUUCUUUUUUAAAUUUGAGUGAGCAGACACCGAAUGACUGUUCUUGUUUUAAGCUCUGCCUCUUUGUUUCCGGCCCCCAGGCUCAUCACCUGCUCCUGGCAUGGCGGUGACUCCAGGCAGCACCAUUUCAAGUAGGGGGGUUUCACCGACACCUGCCUCCUCUAACCCUUUCGGGGUGGCUCCACCCCUGACCUCCAUCUCACCUCAGCCCUCUUCACUGGGUCUGAGCGGCCUUCGCUCCAGUCCUGUGCCUCCCAAUCCUAUGCUAAGCAUGGUGCAACCAGGACUGGGCAUGGGCCCAAUGGGAGUGGGGAUGGGGGCUCCAGGAAUGAUGGGCAUGAUGCAGGCCAGCCCCAUGGGCCUCCCCUACAGCAGCCUCUCACCAAUGGCACCCCCAGGCUCAGCUCUGCUGGGGUCGGGAGGUGCAGCACCUCCACAGCUGAUUUUGGGUGGGCCUGCCGGAGCAGGAGGAGUGAUGGGGGCUGGAGGAUCAGUGGGAGGCGCAGGAACGACGGGUGCAAGCACCAACCCUUUUCUUCUUUGAGGAAGUGUCACCACUACUUUGCUCACCUGUUUUGACCUCUUCUGUCGUACCUGCUGCCCCCUUUAUUCAUCCACCCCCAACACAUUUUGUGUCCAAAAAGAAAAAUGUGUACAUCUCUAUAUUUAAAGAAAAAAACAAAAAGUCAAAAAUUAUGUUUAUCUUUUCCUUCAAAAGCAUUAUUUCAUUUCAAAAUAAUUUUUCACUUUUAGUUCCUUUCAUUUCAGUUUGGGUUGUUUGUGGGUGGGAAAUAGAGAUCUAUUUAUUUUGUUUUAAUUCUCUUUUGUUCUGUAUUGUACGUCAUGUUGUGUUUUUUUCUUCAGUCCUGUCUUGAGAUGAAGGUAAGUCUGUGAGAGUGGGAGGCUUUUUUCAGUAGUGUUACUCUACUCUGUUCUAACAUGACUGCACUGAGAGCCAGAUGGAGGGAGAGGGGAUUAUAGCCACUAACAAACUGAACAGAGAAACUGUCGGUCCUGCCUCUUCCUCUUUUCUCCCUAAAGAAUGAAGUCAAACACUGAAUCUCUGAAAUGAAACCAGUGCAUGAAGGAUAAUUUUUACUGAACUCCAGACUGAGAUACGGACUGAAACACCUGCAUUACAUUACAGGCACAAUGUGGUCAAAUUAUUUCAUCUUAUUCACUUUUAAUUUAAUUUAAUGUUAAAUGUAAUUUAUUUUUUUCCAAUUUUUGGGAACAAAUAAACAAGAAAGAAUCCCACGAUGAUGCCAUUUAAAUCAAAUGCUUAUUUUUUCUUUCUGAUUGUUGUAGAGAGCUCUGACAUCUGUGGUCCGAUGGGGAAAAAUGAUGGGAUGUAUCGUUGAAUGCGAGCGUGUGUGAAUGAGAAUGCUCAUUUGUGAGUGCAAGUAUGCAAUAGUGCAAAUGCCUGUUUCUGUGUAAAUGUAUUAAUACCUGUCUCCAUUUCCUGUGUCCGAUCUUAUUUCAGUGAAUCAGACAGAAAGAAAUGACAUCCAAUAUUUUUGUUUUUAAAAAUUGUCACUUGUAUCAUACUAUGUAAUGUUGGGAUUUCAGAUGAGGUAUUAUAAGGGUCACGCAUUUCUCUGCCAAUCCUAUAUUUUGAUCAAUCAGAAGCGUUAGUUUCUUUUGGUUGUUGCUCAAUCACACAUUUCAUACGGGAGCCCUGGUGUACAGGUUUCCCAGAGAACCAUUGUCCUGUGUUUCAUCCCUCUGUGCGUCCAGGGAGGGAGACUGAUACUGAUGCUUCUUUAAAAAAAAAAAAGACAAUUACUCAAUGAAUGAAAGAAAAGAAAACGGGGACUUGACAACAUGCUCCAUGCUGUUCUUUUAAUUUAGUUUGAUGAAUUUAUUGUUAUUUUAUAUCAACAAGAAAAAAAUAUCUCUUUUAUCGGGUCAGGUUGAAUUUUGUGUGGUGAUGACUGUGAACAUUCACAUUUGAAACGCAAAAUGGAAAAAAUCAAAAGGAAUUUAUGAAAUAAAACAAAAACACAUGAUCUGUGUUUGGCUGGUUUCGUCUUGCGCUGUUUUUUGCUUUAUGUAACUCAUUCUUUGUUUUACUCCUGCUUUUACAGUUUAUGACAAUAAUAUGUUAAUUUUCUUGUUUGUAAUUCUACAACCUAACAUGAAAAACAACCUGAAAAAGAUACAUUGAUGAAAAAUACUACAGCAUAUGAAUCUGACUGAAGGUGAAGACUUAAAAGUACAGCAUUCUGUUAUAAAUGACAAGCUUAAUCCCAGACUCGAUCUCAGAGAGGCUUCAAGAUGAGUUUCUGCGCUGAGUUUUGAGCAGACGAGCCGUGAUGAUGAGUCCUGUUUCUCUGAAAUGUUCAAUUUAACCAUUUCUCCACACUGUCAGUAAGGGUUAAGCGAGCAGAGAGUCCCAGUCAAAGUCAUCCUGGAUCUCUUCACUGUUGCUGUGGAGGUUUCUC